AUGGCUGAUUCAAGCUCCAGCAAUCUAAGGAGGCGCCGCGGUCUUGGGAUUGUUACACCAAAUGCAUGCACAGAAUGUCGCAAGAAGAGAGCAAAGUGCGACGGUCAAGCUCCGUGCGGGAGGUGUACUUCUCAGAAAGGGGUGACUUGUGUAUAUGAAGUUCCGUUUGAUGCUUACACUACUCUUUUUGAAAAGGUCCGCCAAUCAAAGGAACAUAUGCGAUCCGAAAUUGAACAACUGCGGGAACAACAAAAGCAGACUGGGCGUGUUCUCGCCGCUCUGGUUUCAAAUAACGAGUCCGAAAAGAUCCUCAAACAAUUUCGAGAUGGUGCUACGCUUGAGGAUGUAGCUGAACAGUUAGAGAGGUCGGGUUCGAUACCGUCGGCCUCUGGAGGCGGCCACACCACAACGUUCAAUCAUUGCAGCGACCACAAGGCUAUCGAAAGUGCCUUGCAACCGGCGAGAAAUAUAAUGAGACCGGAUUCAUCGAACUUUGGUUCAACAGAUGUUCAAGGACUAGAUCUCCAACCAACAGGCCAAGAGAUGGGAAAUGCAUGGUCUGCAUGGGGCUCUGAAGGCCAAACUCAAGACUUCUCCGGCGGAAGCCAAGCUGAUUCUAUGAAUUGGAGCCCUGAUGGCUUACCAUAUCCCCACCACAACCCAAAUUACCCUUUGGUAGGGACGUGGAAUCAGCCUGCUCGAUCAUCCCAAAACAGCCUAAUUGAAAUCUCCAGAAGCCAAGGACAAGAGACCGUACUUGGACAUGAGUUUGGGUCCGAUCGCACCAAAGAUAUGGUUACUGAUGGUCAGUUCACUGGGUCCUGGACGUCAGUGACCUCAGACAAGGCAUUGGUAGAGCAUUUGAUGGCUUUGUAUUUUUGUUGGGAAUAUCCUACUUUCGCUUCACUUAACAAAGAGCAUUUCUUGGAAGAUUACAGAUCUGGAAGUCAAAGAUACUGCUCGUCCCUACUAAUCAACGCCAUUCUGGCUUUGGGCUGUAGGUUUUCGGAUCAAGUAGAGUCGCAGUUAAGUACUCAGAGCAGCGAAAGUGCUGGAGACCAAUUCUUCGCGGAAGCUAGAAGGUUAUUUGAGGCCCAGACCGACCGGCACGUUCUGACCACUAUUCAGGCCCUAGGGUUAAUGUCAAUAAGAGAGGUUAGUUGUGGUCGUUCAAGUCAGAGUCUCUACUAUUCGGGCCAGUCAAUACGACUAGCGAUCGAGAUGGGUCUACAUCGUGAGCUUGAGGAUGAAGAAAUUGCAGAUUCUCAAGAGAACCACGCUGUUCGAUCGGCAACGUUUUGGGGUGCCUUUUCUUUAGACCAGGCCUGGUCUCUCAGCAUCGGCCGGUUACCUCAAUGCUCUAGGGACGUGGCACUGGUGGCAAAGCCGGAUAUCGUCGAUGAAGUUGAAGCUUCAGAUUGGGUUCCUUAUACAGAUGACGGGGCCCCCUUUGAGCGGUCUUGCACUCAACCAUCAAACAUCCGUAGCGUGUACAAGACAUUCUGUGAGCUUUCUGAAAUAGUCUACAAAACGAUGUACACACUUUACACGCCAGGGAGCCCUGUGACAGGAAAGAAACUACUCGAUGUUUACACCAAGUACCUUAACUGGUAUGACUCCAUCCCCACGGCGCUGCGCCUGGGUCACAACUUUACCCCAGCAGUGCUCUUUGCCCAUAUGUAUUACCACUUUGCCAUAUUACUACUUUUCAGGCCCUUUAUCAAGCUUGAAAUCAUAGGAUCUGGUCUUUCACCGCGCAAUGUUUGCAGCCAGGCUGCCGAAGCUAUUACAACCCUGGUGCAUUCUUAUUCCAAGUUAUAUACCCUCCGACGUACACCAUCCUUUGUGCCUUGCUUCGUGCUCACUUCAAGUAUCGCACACGUGGUCACCCUUGGUACCACCAAGGAUGGACGCGAAUUGCUUCAAGAGGGGAUUCAUGACCUGAAAGAGAUGCAGGCCUGCCACGGCUUUGCGGACCGCGCUCUCGAUAUCAUUCAGUAUCUAAUCAGCACUUGGGGAGUCGACUAUUCUAUGGAAACUGAAUCCUUGGAAGAGGAAUUGAAAUAUAAGCAGAACCCGAAAUCACUGUGCCGAGUUUCAACGUCGUCAUUGAACCAAUUCUGUCCAAACGUUCAAGGUGUGGACAUGGACCGCACGCUCGGGCCAGUUAAACAGGAUGAAAACCCUUUGUUUUGGCCAUUCCCAUUACAGGGAGCACCGUUGUUGAACAUAGGUGCGGAAUUGGAGUCCAGCGGAUUUCGAAUGUUGGAAGUCGACGAUUCGGCGUGA